AUGGUCGAAACACGAGGCAAUCGUCCGUCUUUCGACGGCUCGAAUGAUCUUCCUUCAUUUGACUCCGUCGAUGACUUUGAUCAAAAAGCCCCUCAUCCUCUUGAUGAUGAGGAACACGGAUCGCCGCCCGCGGCAAAAAAGCGCCGCACGGGCUCCGGGCCCGAUGAAGACCAAUCGAUCCCGCAAUUCUUGUCAGAGGAGCACGGUCCGGGUCACAAGAUUGAACAAGAAUUAGCAAAUGCUCUCGGCGAAAGCGUCGUCGAUACCGUCGAGCCGACCGAUCAAACGCAAGGUCGACAUGACCAGCCCGAAAACUCACCCCAUGAUGGAGGCUCCAAUGUCAACCCCGAUGUCACUUCGAUUAUCUCCGAGAUCAUGGACCAUACCGAUCGCCAGGAGAACACCGUAUCGAUGGGCCCGCAGGAUAUUCCUGCCACCACUGAAUUCCCGGGGGCACGAGGCUAUGCAUUCCUCAAGGCCAAUUCGCAUCUGAAGAUCCAGAGCUUGCCCAUUCUGGACAACUUGUCUACUCAAAUUCUGUCGUUCCUUUCCAAGAACAGUUACCAAGAUCUCACUGCCAUGGUCUCCGAGCCGGACUCCGAGAACGGCCAGGCCUAUGCAACCAUGCGAUCUUUGUUCGAUCAUACCAAGCGGGUGUACACUGUCAAACACUCCUUCCUUCAGCCCACGGAUAUCGAAGUAACGGAGAGCUCUCAGAUUGAUGUCAUUCGCAAGGCCAAUCUGGCCUCAUUUGUGUCGAGCAUCUUUGGCUCCCAGGAGAUUGGUUUCGCAGAGCUCAACGAUCACUUCCUGGACGUGUUUGUUCCCGAGGGAAAUCGCCUGCUAAAAGCUCAAAGUGGGUUGUACUUGGACCUCAAGACACAGGCAUUCAUCGCCGCGAUGAAUAACAAGUCCCGCACCCGGACACAACUCCUGUAUGAGCUUUUCCCUGAAGACAUGGAGCAGCGCCUGUUGGCAAGACGCCCGGGUUCUCGGCAGCUGGCUCCAAGUGAGACGGAUUUUGUCAGCCGGCUCAACUCUCGCCGUGACAUUCUGCUGCGCAAGAUCAAUGACGAGGAAGCAUUGAAGGCAUUGCCCGACAACUACCACUGGGAGGAUUUUCUUCGGGAGCUGAGCUCUUACAUCUCGAAGAACUUCGAAGCCAUCAAUACUCAACAGGGGAAGAAGCCGGUCAAAGGAAGACAACCUUCAAGUUCCAAUGGUGAUGCUCAGGAGUCUCCCACUGCAACCCAUCAAGGCCAAUUCGCGGUUACCCAACCAGUUGAGGUUCCCGUUGAUCGCAAUAUGCAUGGUGACCUUGUGGCCCGCGCGGCCCGUGCCGCGCAGAUUGCCCUUCAGGGUCAUGGUCUGCGACGAUCUCAACAGCAAUCUCAGAUGCAGCAUCAGCAUCAGCAGCAACCUCCAUCUCAAGCGAGCCAAUCCCCAUCUCAGCCUCCGCCUCCGCAACCCCAGCCGCAGCAACAACAACAGCAACAACAGCACACACCACAACCUGAUAAUCAGUAUCUCCAAGGCUACACCCCUGCUCAGCAGCCGGAACACCAAGCCUCCCAGCAAUAUCACCACAGCCCUACGCCGCCCGGUGGAUACCAACAGCAACAUGGCUUGACUUUCCAGCAGAGCCCACUGCAGGUCAACUUCCAGCAGUUCCAGCCCAACGCUGCCCAGGCUAUGCAGGCGCGAGCCAACGGCAUGUCCGCCAGCCAUGUCUACAUGCCCGGGAUUCCUCACUACUCCCAGUCGCAACCUACCCAGGUCCUGUAUGAGCGAGCCCGCCAGGCUGCCUCGGCAAAAUCAUCCCCGACGAGCCGCAAGUCCGGCUUGCCAAGCCAGCGCCGCCCCUGGACGACUGAAGAAGAGAACGCGCUGAUGGCCGGCCUGGACCGGGUCAAGGGCCCUCACUGGAGUCAGAUCUUGGCCAUGUUUGGCCCUGGUGGUACCAUCAGUGAAGCAUUAAAGGACCGCAAUCAGGUUCAGCUCAAGGAUAAGGCCCGAAACCUGAAGCUCUUCUUCCUGAAGAGCGGUAUUGAGGUCCCCUACUACCUCAAGUUCGUCACUGGCGAGCUGAAAACGCGUGCACCGGCCCAAGCUGCCAAGCGCGAGGCCCGUGAGCGACAAAAGAAGCAGGGCGAAGAAGACAAGGCUCAUGUGGAAGGUAUCAAGGGCAUGAUGGCACUGGCGGGAGCCCACCAGUCACCAGUCGCCGGCCAUGAGAUGUCGGCCUCUCCCAGCCACAGCCUGCCUCCGGAUGCCAACAGCCAGGCCGUUUUCGAUCAGACUGCAGAGCAAAACCUGAUGCAAACUCUCAGCCAGGAAGUUCAUGGUAGUCAAUACAACCCCCAGCAGCACGCUGCGCAGACGCCGGAUCACCACAUCGAUCCUCACAUGCAACUGGGACAGUAG